AUGGCCACCUUGAAGGAGAAGAGGACCUGUGGGCAGCGAUGUGAAGACUUUGGCCGUUUUGUCUGGAACUCAGACAAUGGGACAUUUAUGGGGAGGACACCAGUGAAAUGGGUGUUCAUCAGCUUGUAUUACGUGGCGUUCUACGUGGUGAUGACAAGCUUUUUUUGUUUGGCCAUCUAUGUGCUCAUGUACACCUUGGAUACGUACAAGCCUGACUACCAAGAUCGGCUACAAUCCCCAGGGGUGAUGGUGUGGCCGGACACUUAUGGAGAGGAGAACGUUGAAAUCAACUACAACACAUCAGACAAGUGCAGCUGGAUGAAGAUGACCAACAUCCUUAAUAAGUUCCUGGAGCCCUAUAAUGACACUGCACAACAAGAAUGUUACAACCAUAACUGCACCAAGGGAAAGUUCUACAUCCAGAACGACUUCUCUGCCCCUCACCACACAAAGUGGGCAUGUCCCUUCACCAAAAGCAUGCUGGGAGACUGCUCAGGACAAGAGGACCCGACCUUUGGCUACAACUGCAGCAUGCCGUGUGUCAUCAUUAAGAUGAAUAGGAUCAUUAACUUUUUGCCAUCUAAUUAUUCUGAGCCUGCCCCACAUGUCAACUGUACGAUACUGGAAGGACAUGGCAAUGUGGAGAGAAUCGAGUAUUUCCCUGAGGGGGGGAUUAUGGAUCGCUCCUACUUUCCUUAUUAUGGAAAACUGGCACAGCCUUUGUAUGUCAACCCACUGGUGGCCGUUCGUUUCCACCUGGUCGGAGAGAAGUCGGCCCAGAUCCAGUGCAGAGUGGUCUCCCAGCAGAUCAGCUACGAGAACUACCACGACCCCUACGAGGGAAAAGUCCUCUUCUCCCUGAAUGCAGUGAAAUGA